UACUCUGCUGUUGAAAGAUCCACCAUUUACUCCUCCUGAAUUUUCUCCAUUCACAAGUAAAAACUAUUUUUACUACGUUCCUCGUCACCUAAUUUUCCAUUUACAUCGGUAACUCUGCAACCUCCACGCGCCACCCACCUCCGCCGCAAAUGUCCACCGAUUUUGACUCAGAAGGCGCUGCCCCCGCCCCCGCUAAGCAACAUAUUUCAUGGUCCGAUUCCUACACCAAGGCAAACACCGCCAUCAAAGCCCUCGCCUCCAUCGUCCGCCGCGUCCCGUCGUCACUCACCUCCUCCGAGACGCCGGCGUUCUCCCUCCUCCAUGACUCCGAGAUCGCAUCCCAAAUCUCCGACCUCCUCCGGCAGCCGGACUCCAGCGCCGGCGACAACAGCCUCUGCCGCUGGCUCUACGACACCUUCCACUCCUCAGAGCCCGAUCUCCACCUCGUCGUCCUCCGCUUCCUCCCCAUCAUCGCCGGCGUCUACCUCUCCCGCGUCGCCCUCCACAAGCCCCUCGCGGGAUUCGAAGCCAUCCUCUUAGCCCUAUACGCCCACGAAACCGUCGCCCGUAACGGCCAAGCCGUCACCGUCACUAUCCCCGACCUCUCGCAUUCAAGCAUUUACCACGAAACCAAACAGACCGCUAAGAGCAGCUCCACGGAGUUAGCAUUGGCCGUCAUAUCCUCCAGCUUAGAGCCCUUCAGCAGCGUCCGGUCGACCAAACGGGCGAGAAUCGUCGGCGUCGCCUUAGAAUUAUUCUACAGCAAAAUCUCCCAGAUCCCCCUCCAAUCCAAGCUCGAUUUCUGCGAGUUCUGCAAAAUCUGGGCCGGCGAAAAAGGCUGCGAUCCCAGCGAAACCACCCAAACCGGAAAAAACAAUAACCUACUCAUCGGAGACAGCACGGCACCGGCGGCGGCGGGGUCAUCAAUCUCCAGCAAGGAAGAGAGAAAGAAAGGGAGGAUAAAUCUUUCACGGGAGAUUCUACAUCCGACGUUAAGGAUCUUAGGGCAUUGUAUGAUGGCCAAUCACCAGAAAAAGGAGUUGCAGGAGGCCGCACGGGCGGCAUGCCGGUGUCUUUACGCCAGGGCGUUGCAUGACAUCAGCCCUAAGGACAUUCUUGCCACUGGCAGUCUUCUUAAGCUUGCCAAGUUCGCAGAAGAUGCUGCUGGUGAUGAAAUCGAUUACACGGAGAUAACAUUCUCCAACAAGAUCACUCUUUGACCUCACCAUCCAUUUCUGAUCUUUUCUUUUCUUCACUUCUUCUUCUACUUAAUUGUAUAAAUUAUGUACUAUGUAAACCUUGUCUUAUGAGUCUGAUAGUCAAAGAAUCACAAAAAUGUAAACCAGUCUAGGUUGUCUGGAAGGCUAAUAGGCUGUUCUGAUAGGAAUCGAA